GAAAAAGAAACUAUAUCUGGUUGGAGUUCAAGUCACAACAGCACAGCAAAUUUGACCUACAUCACCAAGCAACAACAUCACCAGAGAGCAAAACAUAGGCAACCAACACCAAGCAGCUCCACAGCAAAUCAUUGCUUUCAAAUGCCAAAAAACAGCUCCACAACAAAUCAUUCAAAUCCUGAAGCUUUGAACCCAUCAUUGGGCAAGACAAAGACAAACAACUCAGGCCAGUCUUAG